UACACAGGGCCAAUCCCUUUUAUUUAUUUAUGUCCGUGUGAGCCAGAUAGUAGGUGUUUCUCCUGUGUAUUCUUCUGCCCAGGAAUCUCGGCCCGUUUACUGGGAGCUUCUCAGAUUUGUGGGGGCAUCUCUCUGCAGAUAAGUUGCUUUGCUUCUGUGUUCUUGAUCUUUGAAGAACGAUUAACUGGAAUUUGUUGCCUUGUUCUUCUCCUGAAUUGCGUAGUUUUGUUGGUGGGUUUUGCACAAAUUUUUUAUUCAGUUUGUAAAAAUUUGUGCUUGGUGUUGAGUUUUAGGCAAUGGGUUUCUGUUUGGUUAUGGUGUUUAUGGGAAUUGGACUUGCAUAUACUUUGAUGGUGUAAGACUGUCAGUAGGUUCAGGAAGCUGAAUUGAGGGUUGAAAAAGCUCGAAAAUCGAUAAGAAAGAUGAUUGAUUUUUACCUAUGAGUGCAUGAGGCAUGUGAAAUUAGAUGUAGAAUGUGGUUUUAGGAUAAAAAUUUGUUGAUCUGAUUGUUGUUAAUAGUAAGGAUUAAGGAAUGGAAGAGCAUUUAUCACAAGGAGGAGGAGGAGGUAUGGUUCCGGGCGGGGCCUCGUAUGGGGGGCUUGAUUUGCAGGGGUCAAUGAGGGGCCAUCAGCAACCCCAACAUCCACAUACCAUACACCAUCACCAUCCUCAACCUCGUCAAGGGUCGUUGGUCCACCCCCCGAUUCCUGAAGGGUUUCCUCUCAAAAUGGGAACCAUGCAUCACUGCGAUCAAACCAUUUCCAUGUUGGAUUACAAUAAGGGAGAGAGGUGCAAGAACUCGGCAAGUGAUGAGGAUGAGCCGAGUUAUGUGGAAGAGGGAGAUGGUCACGCUGAAGCUAGUAGAGGGAAGAAGGGGUCGCCGUGGCAGCGUGUGAAGUGGACAGAUCAAAUGGUGAAGCUUCUGAUCACCGCUGUGUCUUAUAUAGGUGAGGAUACAAGUUCAGAUUGUGGCGGUGGGGGAAGACGGAAAUAUUCUGUCCUACAGAAGAAGGGAAAGUGGAAAUCUGUUUCCAAGGUCAUGGCAGAAAGAAGUUAUCGUGUUUCUCCACAGCAGUGUGAGGAUAAAUUCAACGACCUUAACAAAAGGUAUAAGAAACUUAAUGAUAUGCUUGGGAGGGGCACUUCUUGCCAGGUUGUUGAGAACCCUGCGCUUUUGGAUGUGAUAGAGUACCUAACGGAGAAAGAAAAAGAUGAUGUCAGGAAAAUAUUAAGCUCAAAGCACCUGUUUUAUGAGGAGAUGUGUUCUUAUCAUAAUGGAAAUCGUUUGCAUCUGCCUCAUGAUCCAGCCUUGCAGAAAUCUUUACAUCGGGCUCUUAGAAGAGAUGAUCUUGACAACGAUGAUCUGAGAAGGCACCACCAUGAUGAUCUUGAUGAAGAUGAUCAAGAUAUGGAAAAUGAAGAGCAUGACGACUUUGAGGAAAAUAAUGCUUUACGUGGAGAUAACAGGGGAAUAUACAUUUCAGAGGACUCUGUCAAGAGGUUGAGACAAGGCCAGGGCCGUGAAGAUUUUAACUUCGGUAGUUCUUCGAACUCCCAAGACUGUAACAAAAGUUCUUAUUUUCAUCCCCAAAUUCCUCAACCAGAUAUGAAUCAAGUUUUACCUGAUGGCACAAAAGCUGCUUGGUUACAGAAGCAGUGGGUUGAAUCGCGUUCAUUUCAGUUAGAAGAACAGAAGCUACAAAUUCAAGUUGAGAUGUUAGAAUUGGAGAAGCAACGUUUGAAGUGGCAAAGAUUUAGUAAGAAAAGGGACCGUGAACUGGAAAAGAUGAGAAUGGAAAAUGAGAGGAUGAAACUUGAGAAUGAGCGUAUGGCAUUAGAAUUGAAACAGAAGGAAAUGGGUGCCGGUUUUAGUUAAGUGGCUCUUCUAGUCAGUAUUUAUUGCAAUAGUGGGACUUCCUGGCAAUGUUGCUUCUCUCGAAUUCUGUAAGCUGCAGUGGGUUCAAGUAUCACAUUUGUGGGGGAGCUUUAUUGGGAUCAUGACUCUACCGGGACGUGCCCUUUGAAACUUAUGAUUUUGACAAUAUCAAUGUCUAGUUUUCAUUAUUCUGCAUAUGGUAAAAUGAUAAUUUCCUAUGUUUGAAACUUUUCAAGGAAAUUUGUAUGAUCAAGAUCUUAAUAGCUUACUGUAUGCUGGUACUUUGCGUAAUUUCAUCAGUUUUUGAUCUUGUA